CGGUGUUUGUCUUGCUCAGGAACACAUGCUUGGUGUUCUUCUUGUGUUCUUAAAGCUCAUCAACACAACCCCUUCCACAACCUUCAACUCUGGAAUGGCAGGUUCUACGAGACUACUACCCUGCAGGCUCAAGGGUAUAUAAUGUAUCUUGGCCAUGGGGGGGAACCUUGCCCCAAUCUCUCACAUCAGCCAGACCCAUCUCCCUGGGAAGAUCUUGGGUCCAUGGAAGAUGUGUUUGCACAGGAGGAGGGGGAUACAAUUAAUGACACGCAGUCAGGAGUAUCUAACCUGGUCAUUGUACACUCUACUGGUGUUUACUCACACAGUGUAUCAUGGUGCUGGUGUCCUGGAGCUGAGAAGGCACAUCAUCUCCAUCUCAUGAAAGCAAGGUUAUUUCCUGCCAGUAUCACUCGCCCUCAAUCUGCUUUCACAUUCGAUGUCCUGGAUAACUUCCUCAUAGACACUUUGGAGUGCAAGACUUCAGCCAUGAGUUUCUAUCAAAAGCUCCGUCGGUUCACAAACAAUGCUUUCCCUGAUAAAAUACCAGAUCGAUACCGUGAGCUUAUGCGAGUGUCACGUAUAUGGUGGGAUUUGGUCAAUAGAAAAAGGUUCGGGUUUGGACAUGACACGGAACGGUCCCCUGGUCCAGGGGAUUUAGCCCUUUAUUGCCCAGCAUGUUCACAACCUGGAAUCAACUUGCCAACGUCUUGGAGAUAUGACUAUGAAGAGUGGUUAGUUAUGCGAAGAUAUGUGGUCGAUGGAAAUUUCACAGCACAACAUAUGAAAAUGAAAAUUCCGGAAGACGAUGUUUCUCUAGCAGAUGGAAAGGGAUACAUGGUAACAGAGGGACCUUAUCAAGCUCACAUCCAUGAUUCUGUAGAAGAGAAAGAGGCAAGUGAUGAUUUUGAACGAUUGAAAUCCACUUGCAGCAAUCAUCGGGCAGUGAAUGCAACAAACAUCCAAAGAAGCAACCUUAGAGCUACAGGGGUUGGGGCAACAGCAUGUGCCAGGCAUGGAUGCUUUGUUCCUCACGCAGUGGUGGACUUUCAAAAGGGAGAGCAGCACAUGAACAUGGACUAUUCCAUUUGCAAUGCGGUUAAAUAUACACCCGAACAUAUUGGCAGUACGCUCAUCAUCUAUGAUGUUGCAUGUCAGUGGAGUAUUCACUUUGCUGAACGGGUGGACCAAAGCUAUCAUCUGUCCCUUCCCGAGGGGACCGAAAUAUUACCUGCAGUUGGCAAGUUUCAUUUGAGUGCACAUAAGCUUCAAUGCUUUCCUAGGUUCAGCCUGAAUUUUAUGACCAGAGCCGGGCAUAUUGAUGGGGAAAUAUUGGAGACGCUCUGGGCUCCUUUCAACAAGAUUUCCCCUACUGCAAGAUCCAUGUCUUUGGCUCACCGAAAGGAAGUUUUGGAUGACCAUAUGCGGGAUUCCAAUUGGAAGAAGCUGUCAUUACUCAAAAAGUAUCGUCAAGCCCUACAGGGUGUUAGUGACACUCAGGGUCCAUAUGAGGAAUUAACCAAAUUGCUUGACUUGGAUGAUGUUCAGGAGUGGAAAAAGGCAGCCGAAAAAGCGGCUCAGGACCGUGGAGAGCUUCUUGACAUCUAUCAGCUUAAAAUGGACAAAGCACCCUCUAUGGCUGAAAUACGUCUCAGAUUGACUGAAAAUGAACUAUCUGCUAAUGGUAGGACUGGGUCUGUUGCAUGGUUGAUUGAGGGUAUAAAUAUAGAAAAUUCUCAAGAUGCCUUGAGAUUGUCUAUAAGGCAGCUGCCCCAGGAUCCGACUGCUUCUCAGAGAACUGCGAUUGAAGAAAAAAGGCAAAAGCUCAUGGCACGGAUUAUUAAGUUCCAUGAGGCUGCAGAGGUCAUGACUAAUGGUAUGGAAUUGAAGGGAGGUGAAGGAGCGCCACUGGACAACCCUGAACUGUGCCUGGAGGAGGCUGACAUAUCCAAUAUGGAAGAUCCAGAGGAAGAGGACAUUUUGGACUUUGAUGGUAAUAUUGACUCACCUGCAGAAGUCACCGAGAUUUGGAUGCCAUCAUGGGCAACCUCUGGUCACAUCAUGGAUGAUGCCAUCUUGGCAUUACGUCAAGAAGAACUCGAGCUUCGGAAGGGCCAAGCAAACGACUGCCUGGAAAAGCUUUGUCAAGCCCUGGGUGAUAGAUCAGUUGUCUUUCGGGAGAAAAUACACUCCAACAAAUCAGUCCAUCACCAGGGCACUAGAUCUAAAAAGGAACUUCAAACGAUAACUCUCUCCAUCAACAGACAUGCAAGAGGCUACAGCCGGGCAAGGGCUGCAAUGCUCCGCCUAGGGGCUGACUCUGAUACAGUGGCAGUGUAUCAACCCCUAAAGCCUCAGGACCUAGUGGUGAGCAAAGAAGUCACAGAAGAAAACAGACAUGGGCAGGGUUCAGAUAAAUUGGCUUGGUUUUGGAGGAUCAACAAUGCAGAGGACAGUCAGAAGAACGUAUGGAUGAAUGAGUUUUAUCGUGUGAAUUGGUUGAAAGCUAAAGCAAGGUACGACCGUUGGUCAGAAGAACUGAAAUUGGUACAACAUGAAAUGUUUUGGACCAUAUCCUGGUUUUGGACACAGGAGGAGAGGUGGAGAGUUUGGGCAGAUGAAAGCAUCAAGAAUGGGAAUAGGGCAUAUGCUGAGAGGCAGGCAUCUAUGUGA